AUGGAAAACUUAACACAGAUUAUGUCAUUUGUGUUGGGUAUGUAUGGUAACAUGGGACAGUUAAAGUACUUGUAUUUCACUCUGGCAAUGCUGUUUUACAUAUCUGUUAUUUUUUCCAACACCAUACUUAUUGUCAUUAUUUAUAUGGACAGAAAUCUGCACGAGCCCAUGUAUCUAUUCCUGUGUAAUUUGUUUGUUAAUGAAAUAUAUGGCAGCACAUCUAUGCUGCCUUGCUUGAUGGUUCACAUCUUGUCAGAGACUCAUGAAAUAUCUGCCCAUUACUGCUUCAUGCAAAUAUUUAACAUUCAUACAUAUGUAGCUAUUGAAUUUGGAACGUUAACAAUAAUGGCAUAUGACAGAUAUAUAUGUAUUUGCAAGCCUUUACAUUACAAUGUCAUAGUAACCAAAAAAAUAGUACAAAAGGUCAUUCUUGUUAUUUGGACAGUUUCUUUCAUAGAAGUUGGAGUUUUACUGUCAUUCACUAUUCAUUUAAGGCGUUGUGGGACUAUUAUCAACAAAGUUUUUUGUGCACAUCACCUUGUAGUUGAACUUUCCUGUUCAUCAGACAGAACAGUGUCACUUAUUCACGAUUUGGUAUUUGGCCUCAUUUUCACUGUUGCUGCUCCUGUCAGUUAUAUUGCAUUCACUUAUGUCAAAAUUUUGGCAGUGUGUUCAAAAGCUUCCAAAGAGACCAAAAUGAAGGCUUUUGAUACCUGCACUCCACAUUUUAUUUCACUCAUCAGCUUCGUCUUUGCCUGUUUUUAUAGUUUGAUCACUCAGAGAUUUAACAUGUUCUCUGUUCCGUACCCACUGUGUGUUUUCUUGUCUAUGUAUGUAGUGAUCAUUCAGCCUCUUCAGAAUCCACUCAUGUAUGGUCUUAAACUGUCAAAAAUUAGACAUGCUUGUAAAAAUGUGUUGACAUUAAAGACAUCACAACUCUACAUUUUCAUGGAGAGUUUAAAUUCUACAUUUUAUUACUAGUGUUACGUGUUUACAUGUAGACAUACAAUACAGUUUAGAUUUUGAACAUCUGUUCUAUUGACAAUAAAAUGUCAUUGUAUUACAAAACUGAAAUCUUCUGGGGUUGUUGAUCCUGUGAUCGUCAACAGGGCAGGUGUACCUCCUGCCCAUGCUGGCUGCAAUGACCUGCAGGUGAGGGGACAGACUCCUUAUCUGGUCCAGGACUGA